AUGGAGGCUUUACCCAAAAUCAAGUGCUUUUUGUGGAAGACUCUUAAUGCGGAUGUUCCUACUAUGGCAAAUUUAUUUCUCAAACGAUCUUCUCCAUCGCCUAUGUGUCCUAUUUGCAAUGCUCAGGAAGAAUCAAUUGAGCAUCUUCUCUUACUUUGUCCAUGGGUGGAAUUGGUGUGGUUUGGGGGAGAUUUGGGUACAAGGCUACAUCUGUGUGAAGUCACAAUAUGGCUGGCUUGGCUAAUUUCUUGCCUUGAGGCGGUUCCUGGGUUGAAGUCUGAUAAGCAACGGGUUUUUUCUUAUAUUGCCCUUACAUGUUGGUACAUUUGGAAGACACGGUGCAACUUUCUUUUCAACCAUCAACCAAUUGAUCCUAGGCAGGUACUCCUAACCAUUUCCACUUCCAUAGGGGCUUUCUUGGCAGCUACCCAAUCAUCCAGCACUCAUAAGUAUCCCAUAAAGGCUGAGAGUGUGGCUAUGGCGGAGGCGCUGGCUAUUAAGCAUGGCUGCGAGUUGGGUCACCAAUUGGGUUGCAAUUCAGUGAUAAUUGAAUCUGAUUCCUCUGAUGCAAUCUCAUGUCUGCGGGAUUCUCUCUCAAAGGGCAGGUGGGAUGCUUUCCCUGUACUUUCACAGUGUGCUAGAUUGGAAGAGACUUUCCAUGACUGUCGCUGGUCUUGGAUUCCAAGAUCGGCCAACAAAGUUGCGCAUCUCUUGGAGUAG